CUCCUUUUCUCUUCUCAUUUAUUCUCUUCUUUUGUCACUGCCUCAUCACUUUGAUAUCAUGAUUUUUAAGAGUAUCGCACCACCUGUUGAAAUUCCUACAGUCGAUAUCCCGACUUACUUCCUGUCGGCCGCCAAGGCCAACGGUGCCAAGCUCGACACAAAAGCGUUUAUCGAUAUCGGUGCCCAAGCGACGCUGACAUACGGCCAACUCGAUUACAUGCAUAACAGGAUUGCCUCAGGGCUGGUGAAUGAUUUUGGCAUCAGCAAAGGCGACAUUGUCAUGAUAUUCGCCACAAACUGCAUACUCUACGCACCGACGUACUAUGGGAUUCUGGCUGCUGGCGCAGUGUGCUGCACGGCAAGUAGUGCGUUCAAUGCUUCCGAGCUUGCGUAUCAGCUAAACGACUGCAAGGCAAAGGUUGUUUUUACCACCAAGCAGCAGUGGCUGGUCAUUAGCCAGGCCAUGGAUCAAGGGCUAGUUGAUAUCCAACCCCACAACAUCAUUGUAUACGGAGAAUCGCUACCGGGUUACUUGUACAGAAGCUUCCGCAGCGUACUUUCAGACAAGCCGUACAGGCGCCUGAGUAUUAAAACGAAAGAUGAAGCAGCCAGCACGCCGGCAUUGAUUGUCUACUCGUCGGGCACCACUGGUCAGCCAAAGGGCGUUGUGCUGAGCCACCUCAAUAUGGUCAGUGGUAGCACUAGUCUGAACAGCUUGGCUGCGUUCCUGGCUCUCAAGAGUGGGAUCAAGCCAGGCAGUGCGGUGCAGCGCUAUCUCGUCAUUUCUCCGUAUGCGCAUAUUUUUGGACUCGCUACAUUUCUGCACAAUCAUGUUGCGAAUGCCAAGACGCAGUAUAUUCUGCCUCAAUACAGCAUCGACGCAUUCUUACAGGCAAUUGCCCGUUUCAAGAUCCAAGCCACGACUGUCGUUCCCAGCAUCCUCACGCAGAUUGUAAAGCACCCGAAUUUGAGCAAAUAUGAUCUAUCAUCGCUUCAGUAUAUGGCAUGUGGUGCUGCCAGCGUAACCAAGGACACCCUAGAGGGUGUAUCUAGACUUCUUCCAGCCAGCCCUUCCCAAGGAUACGGCUUGACGGAGGUUUGUGGCGGAUUCACCCUCAUGUCGUCUUAUUUGCCAAUCGCUGGCUCGGUUGGUUUCCAUGCCCCGAACUGCGAGGUCAGGUUCGUUGAUGAGAAUGGCAACGAACUCGGCGCUGACCAGGAAGGUGAGCUGUGCGUCCGUGGGGACAGAGUCAUGAUGGGCUAUCUCAACCUGCCUGAAGAAACUGCGCGGGUUAUCGAUGGGUACGGGUUCUUUCAUACAGGCGACAUCGGGUACAUCAACGAAACCGGCCAUAUUUUCAUCACCGACCGGAUCAAGGAGCUGAUAAAGUACAAGGGCCAGCAAGUAUCUACUGCAGUCAAGGAUGCUGCAGUCAUUGGAAUUGAUGACCCGCAGCGCGGGACCGAGGUCCCCAUGGCAUACGUGGUGCUGGACGACAUAGCCAAUCGAACGGACAGGGGCAGGGCUGCUAUGUUGUGUAUGGAAGUUCAGGCGUUUGUUGCGGCCAGGGUUGCUGGACAUAAACAGCUGCGCGGUGGUGUCACAACCAUCAACGCUAUUCCGCGCAAUGCAUCAGGCAAGAUACUACGGCGCGAGCUGAAGACGCGGUAUCUGGCAAGGACCAAUGCGAAGCUGUAGGCCCAUGAACCCAAUUUCAAGUGCUGCAGCACUGGCAAUCGUAGCUGAUGUUGUGGUUUCAGCUUCCGAAUAUCCUUUGCUGUGUAGAUCGCUACAGGGUCAUUGGCCUGCAUCAUUCGAUUACGGUGACACAUGAUUUGCAUAGAAUGUGGAUGCGAAUAAAUUCAAGGCGCCAUCGCUUGUCUUCAUCUC